ACCGGUUGCCAUGGUAGCACCGCGGCGAGUAAAAGAGGGGUGGCGCUAGACGUUUCGGGCAGAGUGCGGCCGCUGCGGAGACAAGGAACUCUCCCUCUACCGCCAGUCUGACUUCUACCAAAAUGAGCGGCCUGGAUGGGGGCAACAAGCUCCCUCUCGCCCAAACCGGCGACCUGGCUGCUCCCGACCAUGCCUCAGGAGAUCCGGUCCUAGACCAGUGCCAAGUGCUCCAUGAAGAAACCGAGGCGACACAGGUGAUGGCGAACACAGGUGGGGGCAGCCUGGAGACCGCUGCGGAGGGAGGUGCAUCCCGGGAUCCUGUUGACUGCGGCCCCGCGCUCCGCGUCCCAGUUGCCGGGAGUCGCGGCUGUGUGGCGACCAAAGCCGGGCAGGAGGAUGCUCCACCUUCUACGAAAGGUCUGGAAGCAGCCUCUGCCUCCGAGGCUGCUGAUAACAGCCAGAAAAAUGGCUGUCAGCUUGGAGAGCCCCGUGGCCCUGCUGGGCAGAAGGCUCUAGAAGCCUGUGGCGCAGGGGGGUUGGGGUCUCAGAUGAUAGCCAGGAAGAAGGCCAAGGAAGUGACGACUAAAAAGUGCGCCAUGUCAGCAGCGGUGGAAAAGGAGGGAGAAGCAGGGGCGGUGAUGGAGGAAAAGAAGGUAGUGCAGAAGGAAAAAAAGGUGGCAGGAGGGGUGAAAGAGGAGACACGGCCCAGGGCCCCGAAGAUCAAUAACUGCAUGGACUCGCUGGAGGCCAUCGAUCAAGAGUUGUCAAACGUAAAUGCCCAGGCUGACAGGGCCUUCCUUCAGCUUGAGCGCAAGUUUGGCCGCAUGCGAAGACUCCACAUGCAGCGCAGAAGUUUCAUUAUCCAAAAUAUCCCAGGUUUCUGGGUCACUGCCUUUCGAAACCACCCCCAGCUGUCACCUAUGAUCAGUGGCCAAGAUGAAGACAUGCUGAGGUACAUGAUCAAUUUGGAGGUGGAGGAGCUUAAACACCCCAGAGCAGGCUGCAAAUUCAAGUUCAUCUUUCAGGGCAACCCCUACUUCCGAAAUGAGGGGCUCGUCAAGGAAUAUGAGCGCAGAUCCUCCGGGCGAGUGGUGUCUCUUUCCACUCCAAUCCGCUGGCACCGAGGCCAAGAUCCCCAGGCUCAUAUCCACAGAAACCGGGAAGGGAACACUAUCCCUAGUUUCUUCAACUGGUUUUCAGACCACAGCCUUCUAGAAUUCGACAGAAUUGCAGAGAUUAUCAAAGGAGAACUGUGGCCCAAUCCCCUACAAUACUACCUGAUGGGUGAAGGGCCCCGUAGAGGAAUUCGAGGCCCACCAAGGCAGCCAGUGGAGAGCGCCAGAUCCUUCAGGUUCCAGUCUGGCUAAUCUCUGUCCUGUGAGAAGCUUCUGCACAAGUUUCCUUACCACCUCCUCUUGGACCUAUGCUUGGCCAACAGCAUGCAGUCUUCUGUCUGCUUUCUCUUCAUACUGCGGAUUAUCUUUUCCUUUGGUUCUUCUAAAUCUUCAGUAAUCAGUUGCAAGAUUAUUGGCUUACCUGCCCAUGCCAUUCUUCCUCUGGACCUUCAUGCUUUUCUGCAUUGUGUUAACAUGUUUCAAGUGCAUGGCCUUCUACGGCUUCUAUGCCAAACAUGAUACUAUAGAUGUACUGUACCAUACUGCCUUUCUUUGCAUGGCUUGGACCCUGUCUGUGACCGUGGUCUUCUCCCAGUUUAGGUGGUUCUGUACCACAAAGAAUCUUGAUACAUCUUCACAAAUAACUACUGGGCUUCAUACUUUAUGCUGGCUGUGUACCUGAUACCCAUGUACUUAUGGUAAGCUCUUUAGGUAUUACCACUGCAAGACAAAACUGAUAUCUUAACCCAGCCGUCAACCCAAAUUGGACAUUCCAGACUACCACCAACUGGAUCCCAGCUGCCUUCCUGGGCUUGUGCCAUCCACCCUACUGGUUAUCUGGUAGAACAAGCUGGUGGCUGGUGGGUGACUGCUAGGCAUGAAUGAGGUAAUAGAUGAAAAGUGUUCUAUGAUAUCACAUUGGUGUUCCUGUACCUUUGGUUACUCUACAUCAUGACCAGCUACUGGUAAGUAUGAAGCCUGUGCUGUAGCCCAGCCCUACUUGCUCUCACCUUCUGGUUGAACUUUGCUUAGGCCACCAUUGUCUGCCUUCAGGAACUAUCUGUAGACGUAGCUCCCAGGGAGCUCACAGGAACACCCCCUACCACCAGGAUGGGCAGUCAUAUGUGACAGUGCCCAAAGCAAGGCUGGAACGCAGUCCCUUCCAGCUUAGUCUUUCUGAUUGCUAGCCAACAAACCAUCCUUAAUCUGAGCAACUUCUUUAGGCAUUUCCUCUUUUCCCCGCCUGCUCCCACUCUGAACAUGACAAAGUUGCCAGAGUUGGGGCAUUGAGGAAGAGAUAUUUCUGGAAUGUGAGACUUCUUAUGCCUCUGUCUCUGUGUCUCUUUCUUUCUCUCCCUCCCCCUUCCCCUCUCCCUCCCAUCCCUUCUUUUCUUCCCUUUCACUCUGAAGCAGUUUUAGCUUAUGAACAGAAAACAAAACUGGCAAAGCAGACUUUUUGUUUAAUUUGCUCUUUCCUUGAUUGUGUUCAGAGAGGAAAGGUAUGAUUAAAUGGGUUCCAGAUCUCUUAUUGCCCUUAUUCCUCCACCCCACUUCCUUUAGCAAGGUCUGACAAUUUCAAAGGGAGACCUAUAGGUUGUUUAGUUAGAGGCAGUGUUCUUUUAGGCAGGUUUUGACAUCUUUAUCUUUUACCCUAUCCAUUCUACCAAAACCUGUGUAUUUCUUGAGCUUUUAGUUUGAGAAGCUGGAAAGAGAGAGAAGGGCCUUACAGUGAUGGGUUCAGGACAGGUCCUGAACAGGAUGUGAGCGAAGGCAACCAAAACUUAGCUUCACUCCACUUUUCUAAAGAUGGAAAUGCUUUUUCAGGCCUUGGACUGCUUGGAAAUGACCCAAGGGUAGCAUUUUAUAGGUCAUUCUUCUCCUUUGUACUACUUUGUUCCUGCCCUGAUGUCCCAUGUGUCUUCAUCCUAUUGCCUGGCUUUCUUGGCCCUCAUUUUUCAGCUUCUGCAUUUCCUUCCCUGCUCCUAACAAAUGAAGAAGCAGGCUGCAGCCUGCAUUCUGGAAGAUCUCCAGCCUCCUUGUAGAGGAUAAGGGGAAUUUUUCCCUUUCGAUUUUGAAGGCUUUGACCUAAGCCCCUUUAGGGUUGAGGAGGUCUGAACACACACAGUGGAGAGGUUAGUCUAGGUUGGGAAACUGAGUAAGUCCAGAACAGAAAUGAGCCUGCUGUGGAGUGGGUUUGGAAAGGCCUACAGGAAAGACCCUGCAGGGUCAGGGGUGGGAGGGUAGGCCCCUGAGGUGCGCCCCAGGGAAGAGGAGCUGGUAUUUAAAUCGUAUGCUUGGAGGAAGAUUUUCCUUCAAUUUUUCCUAAGUCCUUGAAUUCACCAGUAGAUUUUUGUAAACAAAACUGUAAGGGUGUUUCCUCUCGAUUAUCCUAGGAGUGACCUUUAUAUGUGUGGAAGAUUAAUGGUGUAUGCUCCUUAUGUCACUGUUUUUGAGUAAAAUCUAUUUCCUUUCUCCGUUUCAGCCUAUGACAAAAUUGAUGUUUACAGGCCUGCUUUUUGCUUAUAAUUGACAACAUGUGCAAAAAUACCAAAUUUGUGUCCUGUGCAGUAUGAAGACUUCAGUGAAUAUUCAUUAAUAUAUUAGCUUGUUCUGCUCUCUGUUCAUAUAUGGCUCUAUUCUUAGAAAUAUAAUUUGAAUGUGAUCUUUCAGUAGUCUGAAUAUUUUACAAAUUGUUGCUAUGUCUUGUGAAAAUAACCUCAAAAAGAAAAAUAUGACUCUGUUGUCUUACUUGAUACUUCUUGCCCUAGUAAUGUACUUGACAUUUAUGUUCCUAAGCAGUGUAAGUACUAGUAGAAUUUCUCUUGUCAAACUCAAUGAUGAUUAUUAGUACUUUUGUCUUCUCCCAUGUGCUUGAAGGAAAAACAAAGUGUCACUACUGUAUUUCUUGUUUUCAUCAAAAAAUAAAAAUAAAUAAAAAAUUC